AUGAAGAAGCAGGAGCAAGAAGAUGAGAGUGCUGAUGGCACUCCAUCCUGUACAACAACUCCACCAUCUUCCUCUUCCUCAUCUGCCCUGGUUCCACAACCAACCCGGAGAUCCAUCUCAAUGGGUGACUUCCGUCGCACCCAGCCUGGUUCUGAGAUGCCGUCUGCCCCCGCCACAGCACCAUCCUCCAAACUGGUGACCCCCAGCUCAAGCAUGGAGUUUGAGGCAGCUCGACGGCGCCUGCUGGAGGUUGAGGAACGGCGGCGUGUCAUCCAGGAAAUGGAGCGCCGCCUGGAAGAGCUGCGUGAGGUGUUUGUUCGCUCAGAGCGUGAAGCAGCUGAGCAUGGUGAGCUUGUGGAGCGAGUGGCAGCCACCGCGCAGCAGAGUGAGCUUUAUGUUUCCGAAAACACUCAGCGGCUGAAGAAGGGGCUACGUUUCAAACGCCAUCGGCCCACCAUCAUCUUCUCAUCCAUGCUGGGUCUCAGGACAUGUCUACCAUGGCCCGUCAAGCUCAAAUAG